AUGAUUGAACUAGAAAAUAAUAAAUCAAAAAAAGGUCAUCAUGCCAUUCACGAUAACAUAGGGGACAUCAAUAAAACUUCUAAAGAUUCUAAUACAACUCAGGAUAAGCAAUAUGGUGAUAAUGACCUGGUCCUGCCAACACCCAAAGCAAGGCAGGAGUCUAUGUCUAUGUAUACAAAUUUUUUUAAAAAACCUUAUUCUACAGAUAAUCCUUCAAUAGAACCAUUUUUAAAUAUUGAUAAUAACACUAACGAUGAUAGCAGUGUUCAUGCUGAUAGUAACAACAACAACAACAACAACAACAACAACCAACAUAAUAAACAGACAAUAUCCAGUAAAGAUAGUAACAGUCUAAUACCUGACCUGAAUGUCUACAGAGGAUAUUCCAUAGUUAAUAAUUUAAAUAACACCAAUGCUAAUGGUCUUGGCAAUAAUGGCAGUAACCAUCACCACCACCAUGGAGGUAGUUCUAAUCUUCACAAUAAUACCAAUAAUAGUGCAGAUUUCACCUCAAUUCAACGUAGACCCAGUGAACAAUUAGAACCGUUUAUUCCGUCCAUGAAAUUUAAAAUACCAAACUUUCAAUCUGGUGCAAGCGCCAAUACUACGAAUACCGGUAAUACAUCAAGAGAUUCUAGUAGAAGGUCCACCAGUGUGAAACUAGACCUUCCACUACAACAGCAACAGCAACAGCAACAACAGAAUACUACUACAAAUAAUGGUACCACUAACAAUAGUCUUAGCAACACUCCUAACCUACAGCCGCAACCCAGUGAUUUACCUGAUCGAUUACCAUCUUUAAGAGCAGAUUCAUUUAGUUCUAUAUUAGGUGCCGCAGCUGCUAUAGUUCAACCACCGUCCAAAAGAAAUUCAAUAUUCAUACCAAUAUCAGAAACGCACGCACAUAAAAAGGAUCUUGCCGGUAUUACGAAUUCAACUCUUAAAAAAGACAUUAUGAAACCACCUUCUACCACAGCUCCUACCUAUCAUAACAAUAAAGCCUCAUUUAGUAGCGUGAUUAACCCUAUCUUGGCUGCCGCUGCCGCUGCCGCUGCUGCAACACCUGGUAACGGUAAUAAUGGCCAUACUACGAAUCAUCAUAUUGAUCCGAGUUUAAACACUCACAGUAAUACCCACGCACCUUCCGAAGAUUUCGACUUUUUUAUGAACAAUUCGGGUAUUUCCGGGUUUUCUCGUAAAAACUCUUUCAGAUUACCAGAUGAUUUUGAUUUGCAAUUUAGAAGAAGAGACUCUUCUGUCAGAGGAACACUGGAUUUACCACCUCUACCAAAUCCCAGUCACCAUGGAAAUAAUGUUACUUCCAUGAAUAAUUCUAACCACAGUAUGAACAACACUAUUAACGGUAGUCAUAACAAUAAUAUAAACAGCACUAACGUUUUUUCUUCAGCUAUUUCGUCUAGAUCAAAUAGCAAUCAGUUUUUCACACAAUAUUCACAGUACCCCAGCAGCACUGUUCCACUACCUGCAUUGCCUAAUACUGGGACCAAUAGCAUGAGCGGUAAUGGUGUAACUAGUGGAUUAUUAAACAGAUAUGCUCAUGAACAUUUCCUUAGAAAUGAAAGUGCAAUUGAUGAUGACGACGAGGAUGAUGAUGAUGGUCAAUAUGACUAUAAUGUGCACAAUCAUCAAACUAAUGGUAUUAACAACAUGCUUGGAAGAAGAGCUUCGUCUGCUCAGCCACCUAUGUUUAGAAAUAAGAGGAGGAGAACCAACAGUUUGACUAGUAAUUCAAGCCUGUCAGGUAUGAUUAACAACGGUAAUUUAAAUUCGAAUAAUAUGUUAAUGCACAGAAAGAAUAGAAGAAGUAGUGCUAAAAUGGGGUUCCCUACAAAUCCAGCAAUAACACCUACACCAUCUCCACUGCCUUUGCCCGUAAUUCCGCUACUGAAUGGAUCUGGCGGGAACGGUACUGUCACGGAUACUAAUAUGCAGGAGAUUAAAAUGAAAGGGAAUGUUAUUGGUAAAACAAUCGAGGGUAAUACCAAAAAUACUAAAAACACAACAAGGAAAAGGAAACAAACGGCAGCGAAAACAGCCAAAGGGUCUAGAGACGACACUAGCAACACAGAUACUAAUGGUCGAACUAUCAAAGGUUCGUCAGGCAGUAAAAAGAAGAAAGAUGUUAAAAUACCUAGUAAUAAAAAUGCUAAGAAAUUUAAAACAAACAAUAAAAACCAAGGCAUUAAUAACCGCAAAAAACUAAUAUCAUCAUCCCCUGAACUAUCUAAUACCAAGAAUAAACUUAAAUCCAAUAACAGUUCUAACCCGCAUUCGCAACCAAAAGCCCUGAUAUCCAAACCCAUAAUAGUUGAGAACCAUAUAAAAUUAGACAAAAAUGAUCCAAAUAACCGUCUGAGAAAAAAUAUCAAUUUAUCAACUACAAAUGCAGAUGGUGUUGGUAACAACUUGCUCGACAACACUGUAGAUGAUAACGAUGACGAUUAUAAACCUGUUUUAGGUGCCACUAGAGUUGAUCAAUUGAUGUUAAUAUUACAAGCACGUAAGAAGGGAUUUAAUGAUACUUUGGAAACCACAUCGGAUGGUGUUAUUGAUAUUGAAAAGGCACCAGAAUUGAUUCCACCUGCUAUUGAAUUGGUAGGUGGUGUGGAAAAACCUAAAAACUAUCACCACAACAACAACAACAAUACUAAUGCUGACGGUCGGAGUACUAAAUCCCCCAUUUUAUCACCAUUAACGGCCAACACACCUAUGUCCAGUUCUUCUGGAAUAGAUGAUAAAUUAGCCAGUAGCACAGAUACAUCCAAGGCUACGCAGUCUAAUGCUACAACACCUACUACAAAUAUUUCAGAGACCAACACUACACUAUCUGUUACCAAAAAACCCAUCUCUGGUAGAACUUACGGUAGAAGAAAGCAACAUGAAUGCCAAUAUUGUCAUAAAACAUUUACUCAAUCUACUCACUUGGAAGUGCAUGUUCGUAGUCAUUUAGGAUAUAAACCAUAUAAGUGUCCACAUUGCGAAAAGAGAUUUACACAAGGUGGUAAUUUAAGAACCCAUAUUAGGUCUCAUACUGGUGAAAAACCGUUUAAAUGUGAUAAAUGUGAUAAGAAAUUUAGCAGAAAAGGUAAUCUACAAGCACAUGUUCUAACACAUGUUAACUUAAAACCAUUUCAAUGCCAUUUGGAUGGAUGCACCAAAAGUUUUACCCAAUUAGGAAAUUUGAAGAGUCAUCAAAAUAGAUUUCACUCAGAAACUUUGAAUAAAUUGACUUUGAAAUUGGCUAAAAAUGAAUUUAACAUGAAAGACCCCAAGGAGCGCCAACUCUUUGAAUAUUUGUCUGAGUUAUACAGAAAUAGUAAUAAAGGUAUUAAGGGUCGUGGUAAAAGGAGGAAGACUGAAAGCGGGAACGAAAGUGUUGACAAUGAAAAUGAAGAAGAAGAAGAAGAAGAAGCAGAUGAUGAUGCUGUUAAGAGUAUGAAUUCCAACGACAUUAAUGAUAAUGAUACUAUUAUUACUAAUAAUGCAGGUGAUAUUGAUGAAGCUACCAAAACAUUAUUAUCAUUAAAAUGA